CGUUGGUUUUACUUUCACUUGUGUCCCGAUUUGACGAUUUUUUUUUUCUUCCUCGUCAAGUACAAGCCGGAAGUUGCCAUCGGGCAAUGUUGUUUUACACGUUACAACACACACUGAGCUCGACGUGUAGCUCAGUAAAUGUAGCUCGACUAAGCUAACUUUUUCUGACAUGAAAUGUAGCUUCCCAUUUGUGGAAAUAGCAUAACACAAAAUCCUAUGAGUUGGCUUGUAAAACUGGUUUACUACACUGAUAUAGCCUACCGAAUUUGUCAAUUUCGUCGUUUAUAUCCUAUUAUACCAAAGCAUCGCUGAAACAAAUGCGUUGACGACUCGUUUGUUUUAGCAUGCUAACGCAAAUCAACUAGCCGCGUGGCUAACAGGAACGGCCAGACACCAUUCUAAACGGAGACAACCAAGUUUCAUGAGCAUUUUUCUUCUCCAAAAAGAGUUCAAAUAGUUUUUGAAGUGAUGGACGGUGAGCUAGAAGCAGCCUCAGAGCGAAUUCUCCUGGAGCCAUACAAAUACUUGUUGCAACUGCCAGGAAAACAAGUGAGGACAAAACUUGCCCAAGCAUUCAACCACUGGCUUAAUGUACCAGAGGACAAACUACAGGUGAUCAUCGAAGUGACUGAGAUGCUGCACAAUGCUAGCUUGCUCAUAGACGACAUCGAGGACAGCUCAAAUCUGCGGCGAGGCUUCCCCGUGGCCCACAGCAUCUACGGCAUUCCCUCGGUCAUCAACUCUGCCAAUUAUGUCUACUUCCUGGGUUUGGAGAAGGUAUUGACGCUGGACAACCCCGAAGCCGUGCGUGUGUUUACCCGGCAGCUGCUGGAGCUGCACCGCGGCCAGGGCCUAGACAUCCACUGGAGGGACACGUACACCUGUCCCACGGAGCAGGAGUACCGCAACAUGGUGCUGCAGAAAACCGGGGGUCUCUUUGGCCUGGCCGUGGGACUGAUGCAGCUCUUUUCUGAUUGGAAGCAAGACCUGAAGCCCCUCCUGGACACGCUGGGCCUUUUCUUUCAGAUCCGGGACGACUACGCAAAUCUGAGCUCACGCGAGUACAGUGAGAACAAGAGCUUCUGCGAGGACCUGACAGAGGGCAAGUUCUCUUUCCCCACUAUCCAUGCUAUCUGGUCACGUCCCGAGAGCACCCAGGUGCAGAACAUCCUCAGACAGCGAACCGAGAACUUGGACAUCAAGCGCUACUGCGUGGACUACCUGGAGAAGGUGGGUUCGUUCGCGUACACCCGUCAGACGCUGCGGGACCUGGAAGCAGAGUCUUACCGUCUAAUCAGGGAGUUUGGCGGGAACCCUCAGCUGGAAAGCCUGGUCAAACUCCUCAGCCGCAUGCAUCAAGAGGCUGAAACGAAGUCGAAUACUGAGCAGUACACCAGCCACAACCACUGACCUCCUCCUCGUCACUCGCUGCGCUGACACCCUGCACGCCUUACAUCCAAGAAAAUACUCAAGUUAUCACGAAACUGUGGAAUACGAGACUCCUGGUGGAAAUAAAACCAGCUCCGUCCUGCCUUUGUCCUUGAUGUGCUGGAAGCGUGUGAAAAUGAUGCCACUUUUCAUGUUGUAAUAAAUGGUACCACACUCCUAUCUUGGUGGACGCAAAAGCAGCCCAUGUUCUGAAAACAUGUUAAAAUCAUGAUGUGACUGUCCAGGUUGUAAUAAACUGUACCACACUUGAUUCUCA